CUGUGGCUUUGCUGCAAACUUCCCGCAGCUGCAGGGGGAAAAAAACCCCGUUUGUGCCAAUAAGAGUGAAGUGAGCAGGACAGAGUGAGUAGACCACAGUGACUCAGCCCCUCCCCGCCAACCCACCUCGUGAUUGAGAGAAAUCCUCGCUCUGUGCCCAGGGUUCCUGGGCUCGGAGGAUGCCAAGCGCUGCCCUUGGCAGGGGAUUCGCACGUACACCAGGCACACGUCCCACUCGCAGCCGACUCGGAGGUUGUGAUCUCGGCGACGAUGGAUGGUUGCGAGCCGCCGAUUGUCCCCAAGAGGUCACGGAGCUUCCACUUUAAGAGCUUCAGGACAUUCCUCAAUAAAAUGAGCGACCGACGGGCAAUAGAACUGGAGGCUAAGGAGGUGUGCAAUUGGCUGCGGGCAGCAGGAUUUCCUCAGUAUGCACAGCUCUAUGAAGACUCCCAGUUCCCUAUCGACAUUGCAGCUGUCAAGAAGGAUCACUAUUUUCUCGACAAUGAUUCUUUGAAAUCUCUAUGCAGGCGGCUGAUGAUCUUGAAUAAAUAUGCCUCUAUAAAGCUUGAUGUCAACACUAACAGGAAGUUGGGUGACGAUUCUGAAGAAGACGACCUCUGUGCUAUCAGUGAUCGCUGGGCGUUCCAGCGAGAGAGCAAAAGAUGGUCUCGGCUGACAACCGUUGACUUCCUGUCGAACCGUACUGAGAUCCUAAACUCAACAAUGAAGGAUUCAGCCAGUCGUGAGAGUGUGCUCUCUGACCUCAGUGAUCCUGAGGCCAGUUCUGUGCGGAGCAGCAGCAGUGCUGGGAGCGUCCAAGAGGUGUUGGUAGCUCAAUGUUCAGGUGGUCAGCUGGAAUCAAAGGAAAAUCCAAGGAGUGUCAUGAUGGUUCAUCCCCAAACAGUGAGAAAGACUGAAAGCUGCUCAAGUGACAACUUUGUUUCCACUGGAACACAAACAACUGCAGACUUCCUGGAGAACCCCAGAAAACACAGGACCAAGAGCUUUCUGAGACGAAUUGAGUCCCUUCGAUUUAGAACUCUUCGGGGUAAAGGCAAGACUGUUUCAAAGAGCAAAGAGCCAAGAAGUGUCAGGACAGUUUCACAACAGCUGUGUGAACCUUUACAGAAUAAGGGUCCUCUGAAAACUGAGAAUGAGAGCCCAAAGGGAUUAAUGAAGGAUGUAUCUCAAUCUGGUGUUGCAUCUCUUGCUGACUCUGGAUACAGAGAACAUUCUAAAGCCUUCAACUCUAGAAGUAGCCACAGCACAAUACAUUGUGGAUUGUACUUGGAGGACUAUGAAAUGGGGCUUAUGGCCUCCAACCAUAAUAGAAGAGCUGAACCUUGUUUUCAUGAAGACUACGUUGUCCGUGUCCCCACAAACCACAAAGUAGGGACCUUCCCCAAAGCCCUCUCAAUAGAAAGCCUGUGUCCGGGUGCGGAUGACCAUCUGGUAAAUUGGAGAUCAGAAAAUCUGUCCCUUGGAAUGUCCACCUGCAGUAGCAUCAACAAUUUUCAAUUUGCAUUUCAGGGACAAAGGGGUUCAUGUAGUUCCACGGGGAGCAAGCAGAGUAUUUAUGACAACGUGCCUGAGACUCAUCCAUACAAUGACAUGCUCGGGUGCGAGGAUGUCUUUAAACAACUAGAUGAUGUUUUGAAGCAUGUCAAUGGAUUACAGCAGUCAGUAGGCCUCUGGUCAAAAAUGAUAGGCACAGAAUUUAAUGACACAGAGUCUGAUUCUACUGGAGAGACAGUUUUUCCUUUGCCGGGUCUGAAUUUUGAAGACCGUUCCAUGUCUGAUGCGGGGACCUCUGCAAGUGAUUUUGACAGUACUGGGAAUUCACUAAUUGAAACUGAAGAGAUAGAAAUGAGGGAACGAAGAGAUUCUGGAGUAGGGGCUUCACUAACCAGACCAAACAGGAAGCUGCGCUGGCACAGUUUCCAGAACUCUCACCGUCCAAGCCUGAACUCUGCUUCGUUGGAAAUCAAUAGACAGUCGGCAGCUCAGCUCAACCUUUUGCAGCGAUUCUCCUUACUGCGCCUGACUGCCAUCAUGGAAAGAUACGCCGUCCGCAGCAAACAGGGCUGGAACUGGGGCGUUCCUAAGUUCAUGAAAAGGAGCAAGGAACCAGAUUACAGGAGCAAAUAUGUGUUUGGUGUACCUCCAAUUGUAAAUGUCAAGAGGUCAGGGCAGCCUCUACCUCAAAGCAUCCAACAGGCCAUGCGCUACCUUCGUAGCCAGUGCAUGGGCCAGGUUGGCAUCUUCAGGAAGUCGGGGGUGAAAUCACGAAUCCAGGCUCUGAGGCAGAUGAAUGAAAACAAUCCUGACAAUGUUAACUACCAUGGUCAGUCAGCAUUCGAUGUAGCCGACAUGUUAAAGCAGUAUUUCCGGGACCUUCCAGAACCCAUCUUUACCAGCAAAUUGACAGAAACUUUUCUACAGAUCUAUCAGUAUGUGCCAAAGGAUCAACGACUCCAAGCUCUUCAGGCUGCCAUUGUAUUGAUGCCAGAUGAGAAUCGUGAGGUACUUCAGUCGCUGUUGUACUUCUUGAGUGACAUUGCAUCAGUACAGCAGAACCAAAUGACUGCUGGAAACCUGGCUGUCUGCCUUGCACCAUCUCUGUUCCAUCUGAAUGUGCCAAAAAAAGAAGCCUCCUCGCCAAGGGUGAUGCGAAGGAGGGGUGUACUGAGCAAGCCUGAUCAGAGGGACCUCAAUGAGAAUCUGGCAGCAACUGAGGGAUUGGGUCACAUGAUUGCAGAGUGCAAGAAACUUUUCCAGAUUCCGCAUGAUAUAAUGGCGCAGUCCCGAAACUCCUAUAUUGCAGCUGAUGCUCAUCCUCUGCCCAUGGAAGACUUCAGGAGACAUCAUGAAGGCAGGGUUAAGGACUAUAUGAACUACAUGGAGGGCACGAUCCAGGACCUGCUAAGGGAGGUCGGUGAGAAAUUUAAAGGCUGGACCAGCACUGUAGGACCCGUGAACACAGAACUUUCUUACAAGAAGGUUGGUGACGGACAUCCCAUACGUUUAUGGAAAGUGACAACUGAGGUAGAAGUGCCCCCAAACACCGUGUUAAAUCGUCUGCUAAGAGAACGCCACCUCUGGGAUGAUGAUAUGUUGAUAGGAAAUGUUGUGGAAAAUUUGGAUAAAAAUAUGGAAAUCUGCCAUUAUGUUCUGGACAGCAUGGCACCGCAUCCUAGGCGAGACUUUGUUGUCCUGAGGACAUGGCGGACUGAUUUACUGAAGGAAUCGUGCAUUCUUGUGGCAGUUUCUGUUGAACAUGAGUCCGUGCACCUGGAAGGAGGUGUGAGAGCUGUCGUCCUGAACUCGCAAUACCUGGUUGAGGCUUGUGGCUCAGGCCGGUCCCGACUCACAUAUAUCUCCAGGACUGACCUGAGGGGCCGGACUCCAGAAUGGUACAACAAGGUCUCCGGCUACCUAUGUGCAGUAGAGGUUGCUAGGAUACGGGACUCCUUUCUGCCAUCAAACCCACGGGGACUAGAGACCAAAAUCUGAAAUGAAUUGAAACUGCAAGCAGGAAAAAGAUGUCUUAUAUGAGUGUGCCCUGUUGGCAACCAUCAUUAAAUGAUAAUCAGUCUUCUAACUACCCCAGCCAAACAAGAUACAUCACAAGAUAGGUUCAGAUGAAGAAGGCUCUUCAGCCCAUUUGGUAUUAUACUUACAGUAUACCACCCUUUUUGUCUUCCUCUAAUAUAUCCAAAUGACCUUUUAAUGUAUCCAGUACCCUGGCUGCAACCAUCUUUUCAAUAAAGAAAUCCUUCCUGACAUCUGGCUCAUAGAGGGACCUUUAAGUGAUCGUUAUAUAAUCUUAUAUUGAUAGAUUUUGCCAGUAAGGUAAUGAUGGGUUGGGUGAGAUGCCUAAAAUAAAUUGUUCCUCUGUCCAGUGGUUUUAAUUUUAUUGCCUGUUUAUGUGGCUCUAAUCCUUUAACUGCUGUAAUAUUCUUGCACCCAUGCAACUGUGACAAAGAAAGAGACUAUCUUAGUUUGUGCUCAAGUUGUUAAAACUUUACUGAUCUGACUGUAAAUCUGUUCAUGGUGAUAUUCCCAGCAACUUUUUAACUAGUAAAAAAGAUAAAUGCAUGGAAAUGCUUUGGAAUUCGGGGUGAAGGCCCUUAAACAAUGGAAUAAGGAAAUUUGAGAGGGGUAUGGAAUGUUAACUUUCAGACAAGUGUUUACUGUGUAUGGGGAAGUGCUGGGGGCUGUUGAUGAGAGUGUGUGGGAAUUGAUGGCUGACCUGAAAUGGAAUGAUGUGUUUGGAAAGUUGAGAGUGGGCUGAUACUGACUGACCAGCUAAUAGGUGUUUUCUGUGGCAAGAGACCUUGUGAGGUUAUUCUGUUUAACCGUAUUUUUGAAUAAGAUUCUGCACACAUUUCUGUGGAGUACUGCAUUAACUUAUUAUGUUGCACAUCCAAGGUGUAUAGGGUACCAAGAUAUAGUCCUCUGUGUACUUGUACAUAUAUAGCAUGUAUGUAGAUUUUUGUACAUAUUCUGUUUCCUUUUACCUGUUCUCUCUGCACAUUGCCUGUACAAUACAGAGGCAGGCAAAUGAUACGCUAUAAACCUGGCCAUAGUGAUUCUGAAACCAAAUGCAAUGGGAUCUCCAAUGGUGUUCUUUCCCCUUUCCCUCUUUGGAUCAAUGCCUGGUGUCUGCAGAGCCCUUAAGCUUGUGUUGUGGGAGAAUUGAUGUGUACAUCCGUUUCACCACUGCAGGGGCUUGGACACUGUUUUGAGGGAUUUUAUGGAUUUAAUCCUGAUGAAAACUCAAAUAAUGGUAAAAAUACUAGAAACAUUCCAUGCACGUACAACAAAACUUUGACCCAUCGCUGACAGAUAAACUUAUGUCCUUAAUUAGAGAUGGCUAGAUUCACAGAACGUGAUCUGCAAAAGAACACGAGAAAUUUGCUGAGAGAAAAGACUGCUGGGCCAAUCAAGCUCCCAUCUACUGGGGUCCAUGUGAGAUGUCUCAUCCCAGCCAUUUUGUGCUUUCCUAAAUUAACCUUUACCUCCCUCCCCUGAAAAUAAAAUCAAGCUGUGUGUUAAUAUCUCAAUAAUACCCUCAUUCCUCUUUUUCAUCAGACAUCAGCCAAGCUCACUCUUUCAAAGGCAUCACUUAAGCCCAAAUCAAUUACCUUCUCUGGGAGUCUCUUCCACAUGGCAAUAAUCCUGUGGGUAGAAAUGCUUUGUCUAAACUCUAACCUUAAUUGGAGCUUGUGAAUUUUGGAUAUGUCCUUUGAAGCUUUGCACAUCGACCAAGUUAAAUAGCUUAAGCUAUUAUUGAAUUAUUAAUAAUUAUUGAAGCCUUUAAUUAUUUUGAAAUGGUGUAUGUGUCCCCUUGGCCUUUUUUCUCCAAUGAAAAUAAAUUUAGUUACUCGAACCUUUCUUUGGAACUCAGUCUCCUAAGGCUACAAAACACUCUGGUCACAGGAUGGCAACACAGGUUUCUGUGGCUGGUUAACUGAAUUAUGUUGCAUCAAAUUUCUGCCCCUGUUACUGAGAUUGGGGAAUCCUUCUGUGGAUAAAUAGUGAUCCAAGUGGAGCUGUGUGUCCAGGGGAGGGGGGCUCCCACCACACAGAGCAUGUACCUAGGAUGUCAGCCUCCUGGAGUCGCCAGGAAUUGAAGACUGAUCUCUGGAACAUUGUUGCAAGCAACCCAAAAAGAAAGUAACUAAACAAAAUUUUAAAAAAAUAUUUUCUUUGAACACUUUCAUUUAUUAGUAAUAAAAGCAUUGGAGCUGGGAAUAGGGGGUAGAUUGUUUCACUAACAAUCAAGAUGAAUUCAACUGGAUGGCAUAGUUUGUUUCCUUUCCAAUUGACCUUAGAUGGUCUGUGCGGCUGGAGUAUAGUGGGAGGUAGUUUGAGGUAGGAGGUCAUGUGAUGAAACCUCCAGGAUCAUAUCCAACCAGAGUUGACAACUGUAGAUGUGCCCCAUUUUUUUUUUACAGCAGUGGAAUAUCUGUUGUUGACUCAUACACUGGAUGUCUUCCAUUACUGGACAGCGUAGAUGGAACUUUUGUUCUGAUUUCACCCAACUUUAGUUCUCUGUUUUGAAUUUGCUAUUUUAAUUAUCUUAGUUUUAUUUUGUUUUAACCAGUCUGAAUAGGCCAUCCCACCCUGCACCUUUAAUGGGAAGGUACUUCCAUGUGUCCCAUGGAGUUGGGUUUAGCAGUCUCACAGUCCCAAUCUAAACCUUUAGUGUUAUUUUCCUUGAUUUUAACCCUAAGAUACAUCAGUUUUUCUAUUACUUUUGUUUUGCUUGAGUCAUAUUAAUACUAUACAAAGGGAAGAGGUAGAUGUAUCUGAUUGAUAGGAUUGGAUUUCUAAUCCCACAGCCUGUGAGUAUUAUUGGUUAUUUUUACCACUGGCUACCCUGGUUACAAUCCUCGAUUUUUAUUUAAUAAAAAUACAAUUUGAUAGAUUUAAAUAAUCCCACCAUGGAGUACUUUUGAUUUGUUUUAAAUGCUGCAGUUUAAAACACACAGAAAAACUUUAAUCUGCAAACAAGUCAACACAUUUAAUUAUAAAUCAUCCAUUGGUUCAUGUUAGAGUUUUAUUCACCAUUUUCUGUUGCAUUAGUUUGAUGCAUUUUCAGAUAAUUAAAUGCAUUGCACUGGGAUUACUUGGUGCUUUGAUUUCAGACUAAUGUUGCUGCUGGAAAGUGUGUACUAAAAGAGGUAAGAUGCCAUAAUUUGUGAAAGCAUUAUAUGUAUGUAUAAAAUGUGUGGUGUGUAGCUUAGUGCUGCUUGCGAUUACCUGUUGCUAUGGUUUAGAGUAGUCACUUGGCUUUGGCAACACCUAUUAGUCUUAUUAAAAACUAAUGAAAUAUCCAGUCUGUGGCAGGGUGGAGUGAUAAUUUGGUUGUAAUGCCAACAUUCAGCAUAACUGCUAAUUGUUACAUUAGUCUAUUCAGUUUAUCUUUAAUGUUACAAACAUAUUGCUGCAGAUUAGCCAAUAGCAAUGAAUUUUCUUGAUCUUUAAAUUCUAUUGGCUUUGGUGUAUAUGACUGAGAUUUAUAUCUCUGUAUUAUGUAGCUCACUUCUUUUUGCCUGGAGGGACCUAAUUUCAGAAUCAAUGGGGCCUUGUGAACAAGAACAGGUCUUGCUGCAGGAGGCGGGUGAAAAGAAGCUUUACCUUAGCUAGCAGGUGACCUCUCUGAAGCAGCAAAAGUCAGACCCUCUGUUAGAAAACCUCAUUUAAUAGAUCAUUACCAUACUACCUUUUUAAAGGCUACAAGCGAUUUUUCAUUCUAGAAUUUGAAUAGACUCUUACAUUUGAAUGUUACUGAACUACAUGUGAAACAGCUUCAUGUUUCAAUUUUUAAAUGAGAAAGGAAAACUAGACUCCACCGCCCCUCCCCCCGAAAUCUUCAAUUUAUCUUUUUAUCUGUUUUAUCUUUUGCAUUGCCGCCAUUACACAUUUAAUCUUUACAUUUCUUCCACUUCCAUGGCUAUGAAAUUUUUAUUUGGCUGAUCAUAAGAAUAAAGUUGGUGCCAGAUAUGAGAUUGGAUCAUAGCCUUUAAAGAUAAAUACUUCACAGAGCAUUUGAAAUGUCUGGUCAUUAUGUAAAGAGCAUAAACUUAAAAUUCUAUGACAGGAAACACAACAGUAUAGAUUGUGGAUGGAUAAUGGAUUCCUGUCAUCUUUGAUUUUAUCACUGUGUCCUUCCUAUUGCUAUAGUAACAACUUUGGCCGAUCUGAAAUUGUUAGCAGAAGACUUCUUGCUUGGCUACGAACCUGCAAAGUAUCAUGCAUUCUUUCAGUGAGUAGGCAGCUACAAGUUAUAAUUGCGCUCUAUCCCUUAGGUUCUCUCAUCAUUGGGAAGAUUUAUUUUUAAUUCAGUCCAUUCUAGUUGUCCUGAUUUCAUCCAUUGAAUCACAACCAAACCCUCAUUCCUUUCUUCUGGCUGGUAGGGGCUAAGGACAUGCUUCUCACUGCAGGUGGAAAAAAUAAUCUACCCUUUAAAGAUCAACUUUUGAUUUCGAUGUGGUUUAGUUCUGUUGCAAGUAAGUAUGUUAUUUUUAAGCUGAAUAUGGUCAAUCACUAAGGGUAGAAGAAAAAUGACUAGUGACCCAGCUUUGUUGUGUCAGAAGACUUGGAUGAUACUUUUAUAGCAAUUCCUAAAUUCUCUCACUCUUGUGCUGCGUCUGCGAGCCAGUAGAUGACCAAACACGCCUCGAGAUAGAUAGGGUUGAAAUUUUGAGUACACUGAAGAUAAAUUAAUCUGGAUUGAAAGGUAGAUGAAGCUCAGCACUUUAGGAGGAUCAGGUGAACUACUGAAUGUGGCUGGAAGAGGCAGGAUGUAGGAAGGGAGAAAAAUAACAAAACAAUACAUCACAAUAUGAUGUAUAAAAGAUCUACAACCCAUGUGCAUUUGAGAGUAACCAGCAACAAUAACUAUUUUUUCUCUUCAUGAAUAGAAGUGAUGCAUGGCUAAUUCACUAGUGCGCCCCUUGGUAGAGUCUGGACUGCAUCUCAAAAUAUAUACUUUCAUCCUUUAAUCAAAUGUGAAGGAGCAUAACAAUGGUUUGCAAACUGCUAGAAUUGUUGAAAUGUCAAGCCAAGAAAAGCAAUUAUAAAGGAUAUAUGAUAUUGGAUAAAUUGUUAAAUAUUCUGGAGUUCUGACUGAUUUACAUUUGGGAAUCAGAAAGUACUUAUAUAGAUCUUUUCUUCAGGAGAUGGAAUGGCUGGGACAGAUAGUUCAUGACAAGAGGUUUUAUAAGGUUUGCAAAAGCAUUGGUCUUAAUGGCAGAAUGAACUUUUCUCAGUUUCUGAUUCCUUGUAUUCCAACCUCCCUUCAGUGACCUCGGAAAUCACCAAUUAUUUCUUGUAUCGUGAAGAAGAAACACGAAGAGCGUUGUGUGCAGGGAUAUUGGAAUGUAUGUUAUUUCACUUACAUUUUAGGGCUAACUAUACAGAAUUGUGCUCUAGACAGAGAACCUCACCCGCCAGGAGAGUAUAUUUGGAAAAAAGGUGCACUUUGCAUGACUUUCCAUUCAUUACUAUUAAUGGUUGGAAAGAUGUGGAAAGUGUACCCACAAUUUGUUUAGCUCCAUUAUUAUUAUUACAAUUUUGUAUUCUCAUGAAGGGGAGAAGAAACAGACACGAAGAAUGCAUUUGUGCAACACGAGUUCUUGUAUGUCAUAUUAAUAGAUGUUACCUGUGCUCUCUGUAUUGAGGAGGAAUGUGUGUAAUUGAAUGCUUAUGGAUUGGAAGACCUGUAGGGACCUAUAAUGGCACAGAUUCUAUUUAAUAUUAAGAGUAUUUUGAUCUCAGGUAUUUUAACUUGUGUGAGUUUUUUUGCCAAUUGUACAUAUUGUAUUCCUGCGAAAUUGUGUCCAAUGAGAAACAUUUGUAUGGGAAUUUUUAAAAUAUUAUGUCUUGUAUUAAAAAUUAUAUUUUUUCCUUAAAUCUGCUCAAAUGUACAGGUCAUUUUAAUAAAUAUUACUUCAGGUUCAAAA